AUGGGAAUCCUGUGCAUUUACAAGGAACUACAGGCAGCUUUCCCAGAAAACAUGAAUGUCUUGCAGCCGUUCCGUGACAUCCGUGACCCUGGCACCAGGGAGUUCUGCUGGAGAAUGGCUGCCAGGGAUUGGACUCUCGGCAACAGGUCUGCUGCGCUUUUCACCUAUUCUGUGCUUUUCCUGCUGUGGCAGGCUGAGGCUCACGGCUAUCUGUGCAUCAAUCAUUUUUAUAAUUUGACAACCAGAUUUGUACAUAUUACUCCAAAAUUCCAUGAAAUCAGUCAAGCAAGCCUGCCCUUUUUGAAAUCCAUCUCGACUGUUCAUUUGAAAAGUACUGAGUCAGUACUCUUCCACAUUGAACAUCUUGUGGAAGAAACACUGAGGGUAACAUGGGCACAGAAUGUACUCUUGGUGGAGGAUUUCAAUGCCUAUCACCAAGUGUGGUUCAGUAGCAUCAGUAUUGAUUGGGCUGGCCAACGCCUGAAGGACUUAUCUGCUGAACUGAACCUGUGGUUAGAGAACCAGCAAGAGGGCAAAAUCUACUUGACCAUGUCCUCACCAAUCUACAUGUCACAGACACAUCAGUCCAAGAGCUUUGGGUUCCACUGGGAUCACUUGGCUUCUGACCUCAUGACAGCCUUGGUCCAACUGCGGACAAAGAAGCUGAAUUCUAGAGAUGGGGUGAAGAAAGCUCCCUUGACAUUAAUGAUUCUGAGCCAAAUUUUCCUUCAGAUUAGUGCCUCCUUGUCUCGCCUCGACCCCACUCGUUUCCUGAGGUCAUUGACCUUUGGCGUCGAACUCCAUAUUGUUGGAAGCCCUCCAGGAACUCACUCAGGUGGUUAUUAUUCUUGUGUGAACAUAGGCGUUGUGGUCGAUGUGUUUGAGACACCCAGCCAAGUUGUCGACAGUAGUGAAGUCACGGAGGAGGACCAAAGCAGAGAAGAGGACGUGGCUCAGUGGUGGGGAGAAUGGAGCUCCUGGUCCACUUGCAGUCGGAGCUGCGGAGGAGGAGUCAUGGCACAGGAGAGGCACUGUUUACAACAAAGACGUAUCAUUUCACAAAGUAAAAACGACACCUUUUGCAUUGGAUCACCUCGGCGGUACCACUUGUGCCAAAUCCAGCCCUGUCCAAACAAUGGAGUCAGCUUCAAACAACAGCAAUGUUCAGCUUUUAAUGCCAAAGCAUUCAGUGGUGGCCGAUAUUAUCACUGGGUUCCACUGUAUCCAGAUGAUUAUAUUAAUAUUUCAAACAAGCCAUGUGACUUGCAAUGCACCACUACUGACGGAGAGAGGCAGUUAAUGGUUCCUGCUCAGGAUGGAACAUCAUGCCGGGACAGAACCUAUCAGGGCGUCUGCAUUACUGGCCGAUGUGAGCCCGUGGGUUGUGAUGGUCUCCUGUAUUCCUCCAAAAGGCUGGAUAAAUGUGGGCUCUGCGGCGGUGACGGAAGCACCUGCUUCCGAAUCUCGGGCACCUACCGACGAGGGAUCACACGUUUAGGUUAUCUCUUCAUUACAAACAUUCCUGUUGGUGCUUCUGACAUCCAAAUAAUUGAAAGGAGGAAAACGGAAAAUAUUUUGGCUCUCGCAGAUGAAGGUGGAUACUUUUUCUUCAAUGGGAACACAGCGAUUGACAAUCCUCGGAACUUCCGUGUGGCUGGGACAGUAUUUAAGUAUAGACGUCCUGCGAAUCCGCUGUCUGAUGGCUUUGAAUACAUCAUUGCUCAAGGACCCACCAACCAAGGACUGAAUGUGAUGUAUUACAACCUCAAUGGGAAGAUGCCGCACGUAACAUAUGAGUACACGAUCCCACGGCCACCCGUGCUCAAGCCUGCGCCUCCCGUUGAGAGUCCGUUCUACUUCAGUGUCCCUGAAACAAAGUACGAAGACGGUGUCAACAACUGGCAUCGAGUCAAACUCCAUCCAGGCCCUAAUGCCCUGCAGUCCAAUGUGAUCAGUCUGAGCCCAACACCAUGGAACACAACAAGCACUUUGCACCACCCCCGUUUGCACAAUAACUUUCGAAGCACUUCCCAGCAGAGCAGUCUGAGAAUGUUGUGUAGGAACAGCUCUCUGAAUGCGGCACUGCCCAUCCUGUGUAUGGAGCUGCAGGUCAACAUGUCAGCCAAGCUCAGAACUGAGAACUUCACCAGUUAUUCAAACACAGGUCUCGACAGCCAGCAGCUUGAAGAACCAAAUCAGAGCAGUGUACUUGAACAGCUUCAUACGGGCUCAGAGCCUGGAAUCAACACUGGAGGCGAGGAGCGAUUUAGCUAUAGUCUGUUAACGGAUUCAAUUUACCCACUUUCCAAUUCCACUUCAUUCCACGUCUUAAACUUAGUGAAUGACCACAGGACGGAGUCUGUUCAAUCACCAGACACUGAAAGCAAUGAGUUUGAAGAUGGAGAGAUUGAUCAUGACAUCAGUCUGGCUGACAUGUACAGAUGGAAGGUAUCAGCGUACGCACCCUGCAGUUCCACAUGUACCACAGGCAUUACCACUUCUUAUGCAAUGUGUGUCAGGUACGAUGGUGUGGAGGUGGAUGAGUCUCACUGUGAUGCAGUUACCAGGCCUGAGCCGACACAUGAAUUUUGUGCAGGGAGGGAGUGCCCCCCCAGGUGGGAGACCAGCAGGUGGAGUGAGUGUUCCCGGACCUGCGGGGAAGGCUAUCAAUUCAGGACGGUGCGGUGUUGGAAAAUGAUUGCCCCUGGUUUUGACAGCUCUGUUUAUGAUGAAUUGUGCGAAGCGGCUGAGCUGACCAGGCCUGUGGAGCGCAAACUCUGCAAAAACAAGGGGUGCGGGCCGCAGUGGGAAGUGUCAGAAUGGUCGGAGUGUUCUGCCCGGUGUGGCACAAGGGGUAUCAUGAGACGUGAUGUUCGCUGCUCGGUGGAACCUCGCCUUUGUGAUGAGUACACCAAGCCAAGCAACAAGAAGGAUUGCAUGGGUCCUCCAUGUGACCGACGCUGGACUGCAUCAGACUGGGGACCAUGCUCAGGAGUCUGUGGAGAGGGCCGGAUGACACGCUAUGUGGUUUGCAGGAACAAUGACGGGAAGGUGUUACCGGACUUGCAGUGCGACUUGACAACGAAGCCCCUGGCAGUGCAUCCCUGUGGAGAUAAAGACUGUCCCCCCCACUGGGUGUCGCAGGAGUGGGAGCAGUGCAAUGCCACAUGUGGCCGGGGUAGGAAGUCCCGGAGAAUUCUGUGUGCUGGCUUGGAAAAUGGAGCUUAUAAGGAGUAUGAGGAGAGCCGAUGUGGACACUCCAAGAAGCCUAACGAAGAGGCAGCCUGUUUUGAGAGGCCCUGCUCAAAGUGGUUCAAAACAUCUUGGUCACAGUGCAGUAAAACCUGUGGCAGUGGAGUCCGGGUUCGGGAGGUGAAAUGUUACCAAGGAGAUGAGGUUGGACAAGGAUGUGAUCCAUCCACAAAACCGGAGACAAAAGAGGCAUGUGAGGUUCAGCCGUGUCCCACGGAUGCACCAGAUGACAAUUGUCAGGACAAAGUGACGGCCAACUGCGCACUGGUGCUGAAGGUGAAGCUGUGCACACAUUGGUACUACAGGAAGGCCUGCUGCAGAUCCUGCAAGAACAGGGCAUAG